AUGCUGUCAAUGCACUUCACGUCGCCGCUCGCCCUGCACUCGGCGACUACCGCCCGCGCGCCGUCCGCCACCAUGCGCGAGGCCACGUACAGGCCCGGGGUGACUGCGCCCGCUUACCUCGACGGCUCCUUGCCGGCCGACGCGGGCUGCGACCCGCUCUGCCUCGCGGCCCUCGCCCUGCCUCCGGGCGUGGAGGACCACAACGUGGACUAUCCCUGCAAGGGCAGCAUCCUGGACACCUGGUGCUUUUUUCCGUGGUCGCUGGCGGAGCGGCAGGCCAUCAUGGCGGCGCGCUCGCCCCAGGAGACCGAGCUCACGCUCGCCUGGAUGCGGGCUGCGGAGCUGAAGCACUCGCGGCUCGCCAUGCUCGCCGUGGUCGGCUGGUCGCUGGCCGAGAUGCUGCAGUCGAGCCUCCCGUUCCAUGCUCUCGAUUUCACCGACGGCCGUGCGCCCGUCCUCGUCAACGGGCUGUCCGCCUACGCGCCGUUCAUGCUGCUCGUGCUCGGCGCUGCCGCCUACAUCGAGCUGCAGUCGACCGAUACGGUCUUUCAGACCUUCCUGUCCCCGCCCGCCCAGAAGUACGUCCCGGGCGAUCUCGGCUUCGAUCCGCUCGACCUGGAGGCCAAGUUUCCCGCGGGCCUCGACCAGCGCUCGAACGAGAUCUACAACGGCAGGCUCGCGAUGCUCGCCAUCACCGGCUUCGCUGUGCAGGAGGGUUUGUGGGGUCAGCCAAUCUUCGGGGCCCACUAG